CAUUUUUCCUAAGCUUUAUACACAAAAUAGAGUAAGAAAAAGAGAACUAUCUCUUUGUGCUGCCAUUGCUAAACAAUGCUACCUUCAACUCUCCUAAACCCACACUCUUCCCAGCUCUUCUCUCUCCUCCCCUCCACACAUCUUUCUCUCUCAUCAUUAUCAUCAACCCCAUCAUCUUCUUCACUCAAAUUCCCAAGAAAGUUUCAAUCUUUCUCCCCAUCUUUCCAAUCCUCUAGCUUCAUUCAAGAAGAUGAUGAUGAAGAAGAAGAAGAUUAUGUUAUUGGAGACUGCGUUGUAUUCGAGGAAGGAAUAUUCGAAGACCCUUUUCUCAAAGAAGAAGCUCAACCCAAAAAAGAAUCUUCAGCAAUUAGACCAGAGAAUUUGGUCCCAGAUAAAUGGAGAGAGGUUCAAGCAGAGAUUAAUAUUACCAAGAAAGAAAGGAGAAAAAUUGCUCAGGAAUUACAGUUUGGUACUCGUGUAGAGAUGAAGAGGAAAGGGUUACAACCUUUGAGGAAUGUUAAUUUGGAGGAUUACUUGUCUUAUCGUCAAGCUAAGUUAGCUCAGUUGAAACCCCUUGUUUUGGAUGACCCUUCUUCUUCAUUGAUUGAGACUGAGAUUGAAGAAGAAGAGAAUGGAGUUAAAGGGUCAAAUGGGUCUUCUUUGAGUGGACAUGGACGUGUUUUGCCUAAGAAUCCAAGGUGGGCUGUGUAUGGUAAGGGUUUGGAUGAUGUUACUCAGUUCUUCAAUAGUGGGAAUUAUGACCCUUCUCAGAAGCAAUCUGAAGGGCCCCGGAAGUUGUUUACAAAGGAGGAGAAAAUUCUUCUAAAUAAGCGGGUACCUGAUCUGAAAUCUGCUACCUGUGAAAAAUGGUUACCUCUUCAUACUCUAGCUGCAUCGGGAGAAUUUUACUUUGUCGAUGCUGCAAUAAAACACGGUGCUGAUGUUAAUGCUGUGGAUAAGGAUGGUUGGACUGCUAUUCACAAAGCAAUACUCGGGAAAAAACAGGCUGUUACAAACUAUCUUCUGAGGGAAGAUGCAAACCCUUUCGUUUGUGAUAAAGAUGGAGCGACAUUGAUGCAUUAUGCUGUCCGAACAGCUUCGAGUCAAGCAAUUAAAAUUCUCCUCUUGUAUAAUGUCGAUAUAAACACUCAGGACAAUGAUGGAUGGACACCGUUACAUCUCGCUGUUCAAGCACGAAGAACAGAUGUUGUGAAGCUCUUAUUGAUCAAAGGAGCUGAUAAGACCUUAAAAAACAAGAAUGGAUUGACUCCUCUUGAUAUAUGUCUGUGUUCGGGUCGGGACAGGCGCACUUACGAGCUAAUCAAGCUUCUAAAGCUCUUCCCUAAGCAUAAAAAUUCAGGUCCAUGAAGUCUAAGGUUCGAGUCUUUCCUGAGUACUUAUGUAACAAUUGUUAUAAUUCCCCGAUACCCGUAGGGUUAGGCGGGGUUGUUAGUUUUAAAAAACGAAAAAAAAAAAGAAAAAGAGAAACCCCAAAUCAUAAAUUUUGUAACCAUUUUCAUACAUGAGUUGUCAAGUUGGGUUUAUAGAGACAUGGAUGAUGAAAUCUUAGAUAAAAAAGGUUACAACUCCGCAAAGACAAAGACAACAUUGGCAAAUGAGGCUUCAUUAUUGGUGUGAGCUGUUUUUUCUAAUUUUUCUUUUUGUAAUUAUUUUUAGGAUUGAAUAUUUAUUUAGAAAGUUAAUGAAAGUUAUUGGUUUGUUUAA